AUGGCACCGCCCAGAAGACGUCGUGACGAAGAGGAAGACGAAGAGGAAGAAGAGCUGCAGAGCUUGCCCGAAGACGACGAGGAAGAAGAGGAAUACAUUUCGGACGAGGACGAAGAUGACGAGGAAGGCGACGAAGACGAUGAAGAAGAAGAGGAGGUUGAAGCUGAGGAUGACGAGGAGCCAGCCGCCGAAGCCCCUCCGAAGUUGAAACGCAAAGCCCCUGAAGAUGACGCAGAGCCUGCGACGAAGAAGACCAAGCAGGCCGAAGACAACGGCGAAGAGCUCGAAGAGGAGGAGGCCGAAGAUGUGGAAGAAGAUGAUGAUGACGAGCAGGAGGGGGAAGAGGAUGAACCCAAUGUCAAAACAAAGGUCAUUUCGGGCUCUGAGUCCAAGACCGCUGCCGCCACGGCUGAGACUGAGGAUCUUGACGACGAGGAUUAG